UGGAGUGAGAACACGAUAUUACUAAGUCGUCCAUACAUAACUAAAUCGUUAAAGAAAUUAGAAAGUAAAAUAUUUCAAGAAUGACGUCACAAUGGAAGACUCAAGAUAAAGUUUUUUUGAUAACCGGGGGAGCAUCUGGUCUAGGAGCAGAAUACGUCAAGAUAUUUUUGCAGCUUGGAGCUAAGAGCAUGGCCGUCCUAGAUAUUGCUGAAGCAGUCGGCAAAACCUUUGUUGCAUCACUCAACGAAACAUAUCCAGGGAAGGCUAUGUUCAUCAAAUGUGACGUUAGUAAAGAAGAUGAAAUAAAGACCGCUUUCCAACAAGUACUGGACGCGAACAAGAGAAUAGAUGUCAUCAUUAACAACGCAGGAAUCAUGAAUGAUGCUCCAAAUCAAUGGAGAACCGCGAGCGAUGUCAAUUGGCAAGGUUUGGUUUCAUUCACACUCAAAGGUAUGGAACAUAUGCGCAAAGAUAAAGGAGGGGCUGGUGGCACUAUUAUUAACAUUUCAUCUAUUGCUGCACUCUACAAGUACCCUAAUUUGCCAAUUUACUGUGGUGCCAAAAUGGCAGUAUUACAUUUCGGUCAAACUCUUUCCGUGCCUCCGUUCUUCGAUAGCACUGGUGUGCGUGUUUUGACUAUCUGCUUUGGACCGACUCUAACACCAUUGAUGGAUAAUCUUACUGAGCGUUCAGUAGAUAGGGAAUUUGGGGAAGCAUACUUGAAAUCAGUAAUUGAUCUAAGCGCCAUCCAAAGAAUCGAAUCAGCUGUGACGGCCUUCGUUAAAAUGUUUAAGGAAGGAGAGCCUGGCUCUAUUUGGCUAUCAGUAAAAAAUAAACCAGGCAUGGAUAUUACAUCCGACAUUAACAAAACCUUUGAUGAAUUUAAAAUGAAGUGGUUAGCCUAGUAUGGUCGAGCUUAAGUAUGAAAAGAAUAAAAUAUAAAUAUCUUUAUUUACUAUAGAGAGUGACAAUAACAUAACAAAUUGGAACAACAGUCAGGGAACGUCACGAAGCAUCAAUAGUUAAUAAAAGUGCUAUUAUGUGGAGAGAAGAACUGAAAAAGAAGCUCCCAGUCCAUCUUUUAAAUAACAAAAUUGCAUAGCCUACAAUUUUGGAGCACUAAAAUACUAUGAAAAUCCGCAAAAUCGGCAAAAGCUGCAGAACUCAAUCUAUUUGAAAAAAUUCUGGUAAAUAAUCGCCACUGUACUUUACUGUCUAUGAUAAUGCCAAGAAAGCAAUCGAAUUCACAAAUUCCAAAGUUUUGAAAUCUAGCAUUACCUAUGUUUGCUGCACAUUCAGUAGUUGUAAUAAUACAAUUGGUUAUUUACUAUUUAACUAUAGGUUAUAAUUUUUUGUGAACCAAUUUAUUACUUUUUAUGCAACAGAUAAAACUCUGUGGUCCGCCUGUCUCUACAUCGGAACCUUUUGAUUAUAUUCCGGAAAUGUCUACAAAUUGUUUAGGACUAAAUAAGAAGUCAUUAAUUUUAAAGAAUUUUCACAAAGACUUAAACUUGAGCUUGAUUGACAGAGUAGUAAAAUCCACGCAAUCAAAUGCAUUCGAAAGAUCACCAAAAUUUGCAAUUGCGUCAUCGUCCUACCAGCAGUCAAACUCGUCAUGUUUAACAAGUGCCAUUCCAUCAUCCAUGGUUGACUAGCCUCUGAUAAAACCAAAUUGCUUGGGUUGUAAUAGAUGAGUGACCGUAAAGUUUCACACUUUAGCCAUUUUACUUUUUAGCAGUUGAUUUAGUAUUAGUUCUUCACAUAUUUUAGUAAACACCGGUAGAAUAGGCUAACUAGUCUCAAUAGAUGCGUAUUAAAAAUGUUUGUUACGUUUUCUGUAAUCUGUAAAUAAGAAGUUGGGUCUGUUAUAUAAUAUUCAUUUACAACAAUUUUUAUAAUUUAUUAUAAAUAAUACAGUUUUAUUUCAAUUCAAUAAAGCGAAUUUAAUUAAUUUGUGUUAUUGUAUUCUUGCCGAAAUAUCCUCAGUAAUGAUUUCAUGUUAAAAUUUUUGUAAUUUCUGGAAAACUUCUAACGGCCGUUCCUAAUAUUCAGUCUAUCUCUUACUUGAGAUAAAAAUCGUAACUAUCGUCGACUUUUCUGUCCCAAUAAACUUAUCGACGGUAACUCACCUUAUCCGUACACGCUGUCUGUCAAAUGAGACGACGUA